AUGCAGCUACGCGCACGACAUAUUGCACACUAUGGAACGAGAAACACACCACUUGGGAAGCUCAGCUUACCUUCAGAACUAUUGUCUUUGAUCUGCGAAAACAUUGACAACCUCUUGGAUGCCAUCUCGUUUGGUCUCACGAACAGCAUCCUUUUCUGUAUCGCUGAGAAGAGAAUUUCUAAGCUGCAGUGUGAUGAAACGGCUUCCUGGGUCGGCGGUCGUAUCAUAUGUCUUGGAGACUAUAUGGAAGAUGAUGACCUACCCGAGGGUAUGAUGACGAAAGUCGAGCUCGAGGCUAUCCACAAGCGUGCUGAACUCAGUGGCUUCGGUACCGACGACGUCAGUACGCUUCACGACAUCGCAUGCAACACUUUUCGCAACCGAUCAUGGCGUAAAAGCUUGUGCGGAGACUUCCACAAAUAUUCCUGUCGCCUAUCGAGAGACGAGCGUAAGGAAUUCUGGAGGCUUUACGAUCCUAUCCAUGAAAUCGAAGGCGAGAUUCAUCUUUGGGUACUCUGCAACUUGUCCAAGCGAGAGUUUGUACGUGCGGAUGCGACAGCCAGGUUGACAAAAGCCGAGUCGCAAGGCCCGUUCAUCCAAAGCCAUAUCAAUUUCGGGACAGUGUUAGUUUCACGCAUCUGCUGGUCAUCGGACAACUCUACCGCGUUGAGCUACGGAGGACCAAUCCAUCGCGGGGCGUGGGCGGGCGAUCGCUUUGUGAUCACAACUUUGGACCGCCUCGAAGCUUCGUCAAGUUUCAAGGAUAUCACGAAUGAGGCUCUGAAGGUGCUUACAGAUAUAUGGUCUCAAGAUUAUGCUGAAUGA